CCCGUGUGGCGAACGAGCGGGUGUAGCUGGUCCCGACUGCCUUUGGUUUUUCUUCCCUGUACUGGAGUGUCAUGGAAGGCCUGCUGACAAGAUGCAGAGCAUUGUCUGCCCUGGCCACCUGCAGCCGCCAGCUGUCUGAAUAUGUUCCCCACAGGUUUCACCCCUGUGGCCCAGGGAAAGGGCAGCGCUUGGUUCUGUCCCGCAUGUUCCAGCCGCAGAACUUGAGGGAAGACCAGGUGCUGUCCUUGGAUGGAAAAUCUGACAGCUUGACUUGUAAGAGCCAGCGGCUGAUGCUGCAGGUGGGCCUGGUCCUCCCAGCAAGUCCUGGCUGUUACCACCUCCUGCCCUAUACUGUUCGUGCCAUGGAGAAGCUCGUGCAGGUGAUAGACCAGGAGAUGCAGGCCAUUGGGGGACAGAAAGUCAAUAUGCCCACCCUUGGCCCGGCAGAGCUCUGGCGAGCUUCCAGCCGCUGGGACCUGAUGGGUAAGGAGCUUCUAAGACUUAGAGACAGGCAUGGCAAGGAAUACUGCUUAGGACCAACUCAUGAAGAAGUCAUUACAGCCCUGGUUGCGUCCCAGAAGAAACUGUCCUACAAGCAGCUUCCGUUCCUGUUGUACCAGGUGACAAGGAAGUUUCGGGAUGAGCCCAGGCCCCGCUUUGGUCUUCUCCGUGGCCGGGAGUUUUACAUGAAAGAUAUGUACACGUUCGACUCUUCCCCAGAGACUGCCCAGCAGACCUACUGCCUAGUGUGCGAUGCCUACUGCCGCCUGUUUGACAGACUGGGGCUGAGAUUUAUCAAGGCCCAGGCAGAUGUGGGCAGCAUCGGGGGCAACAUGUCUCACGAGUUCCAGCUACCAGUGGAUAUUGGAGAGGACCGGCUCGCAAUCUGUCCCAGUUGCAACUUCUCAGCCAACAUGGAGAUACUAGACUUGUCACAAACAAACUGCCCUGCUUGUCAGGGACCGCUGACGGAAACCAAAGGCAUUGAGGUGGGGCACACGUUCUACCUGGGUACCAAGUACUCCUCCAUUUUCAAUGCUCAGUUUACCAAUGCCCAUGGCAAACCAUCCCUGGCUGAAAUGGGAUGUUAUGGCUUGGGGGUAACACGGAUCUUGGCUGCUGCCAUUGAAGUUCUCUCUACAGAAGACUGUGUCCGCUGGCCAAGCCUCCUGGCCCCUUACCAAGUCUGCCUCAUCCCACCUAAGAAGGGUAGUAAGGAGGCAGAAACUUCAGAGCUCUCUGGGCACCUCUAUGAUCACAUCACAGAGGCGGUGCCUCACCUCCAUGGGGAGGUCGUGUUGGAUGACAGGACCCAUCUGAGUAUUGGAAACAGAUUGAAAGAUGCCAACAAGCUUGGCUACCCCUUCGUGAUAAUUGUUGGCAAGAGGGCCCUGGAGGACCCUGCACACUUUGAGGUUUGGUGCCAGAACACUGGUGAGGUGGUCUUCCUCACCAAAGAAGGAGUCUUAGAAUUACUGAGGACCCAAGUGCAGGUUGUCUGAAUGCCACAAUCCUGCUCCCACCUCAAAGCCUUUAUGUCCACUCUAACUGCAGUUACCUCCAUUCUCCCAGGUGCUCUCUCCAGAAACAGGGCAGUUCACAGAAGGUGACACCAUUUAGGAAAACCAGUAUUUACCCAGUCAUUUUUUGGAUCAUUUGUAUUCAAGGUCAUUAACCUUAUCCUCUUCUCUGAGCUGGCCAUGCCACCAUAUGCCAUUCCUUUUAUAGUCCAUUGUGGAAGCUUCUGUUAGGAGGCUAAGAGGCAAGAAGGAGACAUAGUCUAAUCUUGGCCCUUGGGUGAGUCACUUCCCUUCUCAGCUGACUUUCCCAUACAGAGGAUCGGAAUGGCUGAAAGCUGAAGGUUGCCCUCCUCUCACCUCAUUCCAAAGUCUGACCAUGGGCCUCAUGCUUCUUUUAUUUCAGAGAGCAGGCCCACGAGACUCCACUAAGAAGGUAAGCUGAAAGCGGAGAGAAAGAAUUCAGAGACCUGAACUUGACACAUCCGUUUUCCUGCCAGGGCCUUGGUUUCCCCAUCUGUAACAUGACAAAACAGAGCUAGAUCUGUAAGGUCCUUAUAGCUGUCACUGUGUGGUACCAUGAGAGGUUCAUGAUUGGCAGAUCUGGUUCCUCUGAUCCUCAUAGUCUAAAAACUUCUAGUAAAGCUGACAUAAUUGGCUGAUGACCCAAAAACUACCUCCAGGGCUCUUGCCAUAAUGAGGUGACAUAAGUCUGAAAUCAUUAUUAAAUAAAG